UAACAAGGUAUAAUCUUCAAAGAUUUUGCCCACUUCCCCUCACCCCGAGUAACUUGGAAAGCUAAUACCUCUUCUAAUAACAAGGUUUGGAUUGGUUGGAUUUGGUUGCUGAAAUAGAACUUGAUGAAGCAUCUUGUGGUGCGGUUAGAUUUAUGGGAAUCAGUUGAUAUUUGAUAGGUUCGGUUAUUGUAAUGAGCCGUGCUUUGCUCCCUAAGCACAUAGUCACGGUCGUAAGAUAUCAGAAGGAUCCACUUCGAGCUCUCGAGAUGUUCAAUUCAGCUGCAAAGGAGGAUGGCUUUAAACAUACCCACUUCACUUACAAGAGUAUGGUAGAAAAGCUUGGAUCUCACGGAGAAUUUGAAAGUAUGGAGAAAGUCAUUUCGGAGAUGAGAAUGAAUCUUGAUAAUUCUUCCCUUGAGGGAGUAUAUAUUGGUGCAAUGAAGAACUACGGGCGGAGAGGGAAGAUACAGAAUGCGGUGGAUACGUUUGAGAGAAUGGAUUUUUUUGGAUGUCAACCAACUGUGAUAUCUUAUAAUGCUAUUAUGAACAUUCUCGUCGAGUAUGGAUACUUUGAUCAAGCACACAAAGUAUAUCUAAGAAUGUUGGACAAAGGUAUUAGUCCUGAUGUUUAUACUUUUACAGUCAGAAUAAAGUCAUUUUGUAAAACAAGAAGGCCUCAUGUCGCACUGAAGCUGCUUAGGGAUAUGCCAGAAAGAGGGUUUGAUGUCAAUGCAAUCACGUACUGUACAGUGGUUUGUGGUCUUUUUGAAGAGAACUACCAAUCCGAGGCUUGUCAUCUUUUUGAUGAGAUGCUUAGGGAACAGUUUUAUCCUGAUAUAGUUACAUUUAAUAAGCUAAUCCAUGUGCUCUGCAAGAAAGGCGAGGUUGUAGAAACCAGCAAGCUCCUCUCCAAGGUUAUGAAGAGGGGUCUAUCUCUAAAUACUUAUACAUACAAUAUUCUGAUUCAAGGCCUAUGCAAAGAAGGCAAGUUAACAGAAGCUGUUUCUCUGUUGGAGAGAAUGAAUGAUGAUUUGAUUCCAGAUGUUAUAACUUACAAUACAUUAAUAUGCAGUUUAUGCAAGAACUCUAAGGUUGUAGAGGCCGAGGAGUAUUUACACAAAAUGGUAAAUAAAGGUUGUGUUCCCAAUGAUUUUACCUACAAUACAAUUAUUGAUGGGUAUUGCAAAAUUGGUCAAGUUCAAGCUGCAUGUAAACUUCUGAAGGAUGCUAUCUUCAAGGGGUUCGUGCCUGAUCGUGUAACAUACUGCUCCUUGAUUAAUGGAUUAUGUGAUGAAGGCGACAUAGAUCGUGCAGUAGAGCUAUUUAAUGAGGCUUUGGCUCAAGAUUUGAAGCCUGAUGUUUUUAUCUAUAAUUCACUUAUAAAAGGGCUCUGUCAUCAAGGCCUCAUAUUGAAGGCUUUGGAUCUUAUGAAUGAGAUGAUUGAGAAUGGUUGCAGCCCAGAUACUUGGACAUAUAACACCAUAAUAAAUGGAUUGUGCAAAAUGGGGAAUGCUUCUGAUGCGUAUAAUGUCAUGAACGAUGCCAUGGCAAAGGGCUUCCUUCCUGAUGUUUUUACUUUCAAUGCAUUGAUAGAUGGCUACUGUAAGCGACUGAAGCUGCAUAAAGCUUUGGAAAUAGUAGAUAGGAUGUGGACUCAUGGUGUUAUUCCUGAUGCAAUCACUUACAACUCUGUGUUAAAUGGACUUUGCAAGGCUGGAAAUACUGGUGAAGUCAUGGAAACUUUCAAAGAAAUGGCUUCAAAGGGCUGUCGUCCUAAUGUUAUCACCUAUAACAUAUUGAUUGAGAGCCUCUGCAAGGGUCGCCAAGUUAAAGAAGCCUCUGAAUUCCUAGUGAAAAUGACUAGUGAAGGUUUGACUCCUGACAUUGUUAGUUUCAGCACAUUGAUUCAUGGAUUCUGCAGGAAUAACGAUCUUGAAGGAGCCUACGAAUUAUUUAGAAAAAUGCAACAAGAAAAUUUCUCUGCUACAGUUGAUACAUAUAAUAUAAUGAUAUGUGCAUAUUCUGAGAAAUUGGAUAUCCAUAUGGCGGAGAAACUUUUUGGUGAGAUGGUCAACAAGGGUUGUUUGCCUGACGCUUUUACUUACCACAUACUUGUUAAUGGAUAUUGCAAGACUGGAAAUGUUGACAGAGCCUAUAAAUUUCUGGUAGCAAUGGUUGGUGAGGGGUUUGUUCCAUCAAUGGCAACAUUUGGAAGAGUAAUAAACUGUCUUUGCAUGAACCACAGAGUGAAGGAAGCUGUUGGUGUUAUUCAUACAAUGGUCAAAAAUGGUGUGGUGCCAGAGGUUGUGCAUACUAUUUUUAGUGCUGAUAAGAAGGAAAUCGCUGCACCAAAGAUACUCCUAGAGGAACUGAUUAAAAAAUGCCAUAUUGCAUAUUUUGCAUAUGAACUUCUCUAUGAUGGAAUUAGAGAUAAGAGGGAAUUGAAGAAAAGGCGCCGAAUAAAGUAUUCUUGAUAUCAUUAUGUUGCUUAUCAUAUAUAGAUGUCUCAAGGACCUGAGUCAGAUGAACAGCUUUUGCACAUAUUUUUAAGCCAAUCAAAGUGUUCCGGCAAUAUUAUUCAUGAAUUGGGUAGCUACAUUAUCCUUUUUUUACAUCAGUUUGCUGUUGGACCUUAUAAAGUGUGGUCUACAUCAGGCGAAAUUUACCAGACUGGGAAAGGAAUUGGUGUCAGAAUUCUGAUUUAUGUACUUAUCUCAACCUUUGAAAUAGGUAUAUAUACUAUGCUUCCCGGCCGGUUACUGAUGACGUCCUCUAUGAUCAGUCACACCAUCGUUCAGAGAGCAUAUCGUUUACAUCGAGAGGACAAGAGCUAGUUAUGAUUGAUCAUAGCCUUGGACAUACGCGUUAGCCACUUGAAGAUCCUUGUAUCAUUGCGCUAGUAGCCCAAGCAGGUUUUUUCACAUGCUUAAAAUUGCGAUGGAUGAAGAUCGAUUGAGCACUGCUUAAUGCGUUGAUGGAUAGAUAUUAUGUGUUGAUGGAUAGAUGGAGGAAGUCAAUUACAUUAGAUGGUAUUGGGGGAUCACUAGACGUUGGAUAAUCACUCAAACCACGCCUCCAGUCAACGAAAUCGAGAUUCGCUCCCAACAAGCAAGAUAUGUACCAAGGGGGGUAGAUAAGAGAGAAUGUAUAGGCGCUAUGGACGACAUAGAAGGGAUUGCAAAUGAGGGUAUAGCUACCGCCAUAGGAGAUUUAGUACACGUAUCGAUAUUGCAUCGGACUGUGGCGAGGGUUCGUAGAGCUUUUCAUCAAACUCAUGAGGAUCGACGUGAAGGUCGUGAGCAGAUGGCACAAGAGGAUAUGGUAUAUGGACGCCGACGAAGACGUGGUAGAUCUUGCACACAUGACGAUGAAGCUAGUCCGUCAUAGCAAGCUGGUCCAUCACAGCCCUACACACAAUCCGAGAGCGAGCAUAUACAAGCUCAAGUCGAAGGAGGCCGUCGACGAUCUGAGCUAGUGCGAAGAGGGAGACAACAGCCUCUCGGUACUGUCUUAACCAAAAACGCAAACGUAGUGGAAGCAGAUGAAGAAUGCAAGUGAAAUGCGUAAAGCAGAUCAAUACUGCGACGAGGGAGCUUUGAAACUAUUACGAACUGCAUGUGUUAUCGACGAUGGAGAUUAUCUUCCAUGUGAGUUUUCUUGGCAGCAGUUGCUGAGGAUCUGAUCUGUUGGAAAAAUAAACAAGGGAUGGACGGGAGGGACUCUCUCUGAUGCGUCAGUAAAUAAACCGUUCGCUUCGUCUAGAACUUUGUAUCUUCUUGAUAGAGAGAUUGGGAUCUUAAACUGCUACCAUCAGAUAUUAUCCCGUAAAAUAUGACAUUGUAUAUGUAAGUGAUCUAAACAAAGGUUGAGCACAGUUUCUGUGUGCGCGCUAGGUCACCUUCAAUCACGAGGAAAUGUGAAGAACAUUUGCACUCAUGAAAGAACGGCGAUG